AUGGAUGGAAAUAAAGACGAUGCUUUGAGAUGUUUAAAAAUCGGAAAAGAUGCGUUAGGGUUGGGUGAUCGAGCUCGUGCCCUAAAAUUCAUCUCAAAAGCUCGAAGAUUAGAUCCUUCGCUUCCCGUUGACGAUCUAUUAUCGAAUCUAGAACCCGACAACCCGGCCGAUGAAUCGCCUUCUGGUUCACCUCCAUCGAAACCGUCGGAGAAUAGCACGGGUGAUAGUUCUGGUGUACGGCGUAGGGCUCCGGCAACCGGAUCUUCAUCACCGGGAUCAUACACAGAUGAACAAAUCACGAUCGUGAGCGAAAUCAAAACGAAAAAGGAUUAUUACGAGAUAUUAGGAUUGGAAAAAUCGUGUAGCGUUGACGAUAUCCGAAAAGCGUACAGAAAAUUAUCUUUGAAGGUCCACCCUGACAAGAACAAAGCUCCGGGAUCCGAAGAAGCAUUCAAAAAAGUAUCGAAAGCUUUCCAGUGUUUGAGCGUCGACGAGAAUCGUAAACAGUACGAUAUUCUCGGGUCAGAUGAGCCCAUUUACGAGAGGCGCACCCCAACGGCCGGUGGCCACCGUCAUGGGUUCACCAACGGGUUCUAUUACGACGGCGAGGUGGACGCCGACGAAAUCUUUAGGAACUUUUUUGGAGGUAUGAACCACGGUGCCACCACCCAGUUCACCGGAUUUACUUUCGGUCCCGGCGUAGGUGCAGGGAUGCCGGCGGGAAACGGUUCAGGGGGGAUUCGGACUUUGAUUCAGUUGUUGCCGGUGGUUUUGCUUCUUUUGUUGAACUUUUUGCCAUCUAAUGAGCCGGUUUAUUCUCUUGCUAGGCAAUAUGGUUAUGAUUAUCGUUUGACUACGCAAAAAGGUGUUAAUUUUUUUGUGAAAUCGAGUAGUUUUGAAAGGGAUUAUCCGAUAGAAAGUCCUGAAAGAAUUGAAAUUGAAGAAAGAAUCGAGGAUGAGUAUAUUUCAGUUCUUUCUCAUAAUUUUUCAUGCUCCUUUGAUACAUUGAUUCAAGGUUGUUGAGUUGUUUUGAUGACAAUUUGAUUAUGGAGCUAAGAUUUUGUAGGAAUGUUUGUGGGUCUUUAAAGUUUUUAUAGGAGAGAUUUUCGUUUUUAUUAUUUUUUUAUUAUGGGGUAUUAGGAUACUUUGAGUUUGUAUGUAAUUUGACAAUAUAAUAAUCUCUAUGAAUUGUGAGUUUUGGAACUCACUAAUCCGAAUGAUUUGUAUAAAAACUUUGUAAUUUUCGCCAAGUAUGCA